GUGGAUGAGGGGAAGAGCGGUUGAUAUGUGGGUGCAGUGGAGAAAGGGAGACUGCUGGAGGUGUUGGAAGUCGGACAUUUUGGCUGUGCAGCGGCUCGGGGAUAGCCUUCUACAUCGGCCGUUGUUUCUUAGCUGGCAGCUUCCUUCUCGCGUUCUGUUUCCCAGGCGAAGCUGCUAAGAUGUCAAGCCAGAAGAAGUGCCCAGACUGUGGCUCCUUGGAAAUUGUAGAAGACUCUCACUAUGCUCAGAAUCAACUAGUGUGUGCAGACUGUGGCUGCAUUCUGACUGAAGGGCUUCUUACAACCACAUUUGCUGAUGAAGAGCAUUUACAAGAAGUGGCAUAUUCACGCAGUACUGGCCAGAAUGAGGAACUGGGCCGCUGUGUGCAGCGUGGGAUCAGGCGUGUCCGGGAUCUUUGCAAAGUGCUCCGGCUUCCUUCUUCAUUUGAAGAUACAGCUGUGUCCUAUUACCAACAGGCAAUGAAAUGCCCCUGCUUUAGUUUGGUUAGCUUGGAAAAGAAAGAGAUAAUAGUGGGUUGUUGUGUCUUUGUGACCUGCCGGCAACACAACUGGCCUCUCACUAUGGGUACGGUCUGCAUGCUACUGUAUGCAAACAAAGAGCUGUUUGCCACAACCUACUUGCGCUUCUUGAAGGAGCUGGCACUGGAUGUACCUGCACUUAGCUUGAUAAAUUUGGUGAAAACACACCUCAACAGCUUCAAGCUUUUCCAGAUGUCAUCCAACAUCCCAAACAAGUUUGUGGAGGACAAAGAGCAGCUCUUGGCAAGGACAGUCCAGAUGGUGGAGCUUGCUAGUGAGACAUGGCUGGUGACUGGCCGGCACCCCAUUCCCAUCAUAACAGCAGCAGCCUUCCUGGCCUGGCAGUCCUUGCGCCCAAUUGAUCGCCUCACUUGUUCCCUUUCCCAGUUCUGUAAACUUGCUGGAGUGGACACACCACGGCCAGCCCACCAGAGGCUGAAGGAGAUGCUUCAAAUCCUCCUUCAGAUGGCUUCUCAGCUGAGCUGGUUGCAAGUGCUCCAGGUGAACAGGAAGAACGUAGCCAAGUACAUUGGCGACUUGCUGCGUCAUCGUCGUGUGCUCCUGCGGGCUGCAUUCCGUGUUGUGGAUACCAUUGAAAGCUGCAGUCCUGAAAGCUCAGCCGCAGCACCACUGCAGCGUAUCGAAGGGGGGGUUACAGCAACAGGAGAGAUGCCGAAGUGUGGCAGUGAGCGGGCACCCUUGCUCCCACCUUGUGUUCUGAACCCCAAAAAGAAGCUCCGAACUGCCGAUCCAGGUCCUGAGAGUUCUGCUAUUACUGGGGAUGAGCCUAUUCUAGACAGUGAGAUAGAGCAGUAUAUCCGAACCCCGGAAGAAACAGAAAGGAUCAGCAGAGCUCAAGCCUGCCUACAACACUGACUUGGAAGCGAUUCAGCACUAUGUGACCCCCAGUGGCACAGGUCUGGUCCCUCAUGUUUGUGGUUCAUAGUUCCCCAGCUGUCCCAUCCAAGGUGGGGAUAGGCAGCCAGUGGCUUUCCAGACAUGCCUGGACUGCAGCCCUGAUCACCCCUAGUCAGCCUAGCCCUCCAGAGGAGGACAGGAGUUGCAAUCUGAGAAAAUUUGAAAGACCAUGGGUUGCCCACCUCUUUUGGCUGAUCCUCUUCUGUCCUAGAUGAUCUUCAGAUAGCACUGCCCUCUGCCACUCAUAGCCAGAAGGGCCUGUUAGAACAAAACAAUAGCCUCCUCUUAGAACGUUAACUGCAGAAACCCUCAAUGUGCAUCAGUGCCAGUAAAGGUGGAUUGAAACCUAAUGUGCCUCUAUCACAUUUCCAGUCCUUGGUGGGGAGUUUGUUACUGGAACAAUUUGCAUUUCAUUCUUGUUUUGCAGAGUAGCAGCCUGCCUAUGUUCAAAGGGCUUCGUUUCCUUUUGUAAUGGACUGUCCAGCUGUAGAAUUUGUUCAUGUUGCCACAGAGGCUCUCAAGCCCCUCAGGCAUGGUCCCUUCCCACACUGCUUUGGUGACAUUGGAAGAGAAUUGUUUAUGUGAUGGGUAUGAUUAACUGUAAUAUGCCCAGACUCACCUUUGCCUGGAGCCCAGCGACACUGCUGUUGGAAGUAACUUCAUCAGUCAGCCUGAAAAUGAUUAUUUUCCUUGGGUUCUUUCCAGUAUGGACGGAGCCAGGCUGCAGUGACUGCUUUGCCAUUUAGGGCAAUAUAUGAAUGGGAUAAAAGUAGCAGGUUAGUGCAAAUAUCUUGGAUGAGAAGCAGCUGCCUAUUCAACCUUAGCCACCAACUUUUGCUUCAUGAUGUCCUUGUUGCACCUGCGUCUCUGUGGGGCAAAGGAACCAGAAAUGUGGUGGGCAAGAAGUAGGCCAAGUGGAACAAGUUACAGCUUUUGGAGGGAGUGUCUUGAGAACCUCAUGUUAUCUCUGAGAGGAUAGGUGUGGAAAACCUCUGUUUGAGCACACUACAGAACCAUGUUUCUGCACACUACAGAACUGUGAGGAACCCAUGGCAUCCAAAGACUGAAUACAUUGGCUUCUGCACAUCAUACUAAGAGAGUAAGACAGAUGAGUCAGUCCAUUAACUCUCUGAUGGUGCUGUUUACAUCCACACACACAAUUUUGUGGAACAAGCUUUCUAAGUCAUAUGGAGAUGAUAGAAUUGAUUUGCUUGAUUACUUGAAUUCGUGCUGGACACAAACUGAUGAACUGCUAUGCUUCAUUACUGCCAGACUUGAGAAAAACCCGACGUUAUGACUGACUGGUUAUGGUGUGUGUGUAGGUUGUCAGAGCACUGGAAGAACAGGAAUGCAAUUGCUAACUUAUUGGAUGUUGCAAAUCUUUAAUAUAUUAAACAAGAAACAUCUGCUAGAAACAGUUCAUUUAUAUAAAAUGCAACCCCACCCAACCCUAUUAAACCCUUUCUUUGGCACAGUUGUCUCUCAAAGAGCUCUCUGUUUUUGAUAUGUUAUUUGCUCAUAAUGUAAACAGAUGAAAGAAAGGUAACAAUACAAAGCUUUUCUGAUAAUAGUGUUUCAGUGUAGCAAGCAUAUAUAACAAGUUUAGCAUUGCCGAUAUCAUGUGGAUUGUAGUAUCAACAUAUAAAUGAUUUAGGCUUUAUUAAAUAUAAUACAUGUAAAACCAAGGAUUUUUCAUAGAAAUGGGAAAGGAGGAGGAAAGAUUGUUACGCUAGAGAGAGGGAGGCACUUGUCAAACUACUGCAGUUGCAAAAACAGGUGAUGGAGUAGGAGGAUCCGCUUUUGGAAGGUGCAGGGAUCGAGAAGGAUUAAGUGCUUUAUAACCCUUUAAUGGCUACAACUCUCCAUGCCUGCUCUCAGAGCUGCUAUGGAUGCUAGUGUAGGCCUAUGGCUCUGUCUGCAUGACUUGCGACAGCAGACCAUGCAGAUCAAUCCUUGAAGUUCUUCGGAGGUAGGUUUUGUACAGGCAAGGAGACUGCUACUGCUGGCAAGUCAACAUAUGGAAGUUUGCCUUCUCGCCUGUGUUCAGAGUAUUCUAUGUUU